AUGCCUCUUAUUUGUAAAGUGAAUCAAACCAAGCCGACUGUUCAACUGGCCUCUGUUCUUCCUGCGACGGUGUCGACUGCUACAAAUGUUUAUAGUUCUUCUUCUGGGUUAGGAAGUCAAGUUCCUAUUGAUUCUACAAUUGAUCGAAACACGAAAACACUUGUUAUUAAUCCUCAACCUUCUUUAAUUCCUCAAGCCAUUUUGGAAUCUCAUGAAUCCUCGAUGGAUCGAAGUCUGCCUAAAUCUCAAAUCUCUGCUCCUGAGAAAGGAAUUCAGAUCCCAGUUGUUAUUUCGAAUACUCAAAAUCUCUCUGGUCUUCAUGUUCUUGCUUCUAAUAUUGUUUUUGGUUCUGUAAAUUCCAUGAACUCUUCCAAACCUGCUAAGAGGGUAGUCUUUAAUAAAGGAGAACCCGGAAUGUACUGGUCCCCUACUGAAACUUUGGAACUAUCUAAAGGUUUUUGUCAAAUACUUAUUGGUAAAUGUGCCUAUGGUAAACCUUCUCUAGGUGUGGUGAAAGAAUUUAUCAAAUCUAGGUGGCUGCUGAAAGGAGAUUUCUCUGUAGGAGUAUUAGAUCAGAGGCAU